CGAUACAACUCUAGCUUUCAAGUUGCAACCCUAUUAAGACGCCGGAGAAGGUAUAAAGAAAAAAAGAAAUCGCAGCCGCUUCGAACUGAAAUUGAAAAAAAAAAACUAGCAGAGAAAAUUUAUGAAAAUACUAUAGACAGUUGCUGAGGAAACGUGUCUGGUUUCUGAGUCUGCGUCAAACGAAACUCAACGCAACUAAACGAAGCGAAAAAGCGAAUAAAACGAAAGCGAACAAAAUGUCGGACAUCUCGAGCACUCAGCUCAGAACGGAGAUUCAAGCGGUGCUCAAGGAUGCCGAUCUGUCGACCAUUUCGGCGAAACGUGUGCGGGAACAGGUUGAGGCGAAAUUGAAUUGUUCGCUGUUGAGUCGCAAGAAGGAGUUCGAUAAGAUUGUCAUGGAGGUUAUCAACGAACAGCAGGAGGAGGAGGACGACGAUGAGGAUGAUGGCAAGGAUCCCGAUGCGGAGCCCCACGAUGACAGCGAGCCAAGUGAGGAGGAGGAGGAGGAGGUCGCCAGCAGCAGUGAGGAGGAGACAAAGAAGAAGAAGAAGCCGGCACCAAAGAAACGUCCACAGCCGACCAAGCACAAGGUGUCCGCCAAGAAGAAGCGCAAGACUCUCAAUGCCGAUGAUUCCGGCACCGAAAGCGAUGCCGGCUCCGAUUCCGACUAUGAGGUGGUAAAGAAACCAACACCCAAGAAGAAGGCCGCCAAGUCGGGCGGUGCUUCCGGCGGAACCGGACGUAAGAGUACCGGAUUUACAAGGGCCUACAAUCUGUCGCCGGAGCUGUCGGCUUUAAUGGGCGCCGAUUCGUUGCCACGCCAUGAGGUGGUCAAAAAGGUGUGGGCCAUCAUUAAGGAGCGGGAUUUAUAUGAUCCGAAGAACAAGCAGUUUGCCAUAUGCGAUGAUGAGCUCAUGAAGGUCAUGAAAAUCAAACGUUUCCGCACCUUUGGCAUGCUGAAGCAUCUCAAGCCGCAUUUCCUUGAUUAAGCUGGGAUUCCCCUUAAAUUCCCCUAACUUUCCAGCCCCCGUCUUACAUCUAAUCCUACCAGCCCGCCCAGAGAUAAAUCCCAUCCAGAUGCAAAUGGUCAGCGUGCACUAAUACAUAGACAGACUCACACACUCACACAGACAGACAUACAUACAGACACAGACAUACAUACAUACAUCGCUUAACAUUUAGUUUUAGUUUUUCUCUUCUUCUUAUUGCAAAUUUUCGGCUUGUUCCAUUUUUGGUUUAAGAAUUUUUGAAAAAAUAAUUUUCUUGACUUAUUUUUUGGGUCGCCAAUGUCCCCCACCAAUGCGUUAGGAUUAAAGACGAAUCUACAAAUAAUUUCAUGUAGUCUACGGCAUUUUAUAAAAAACAAAAAUAAAAAGAAAAAUUAAUGAUA